AUGUGUCCAACCCUGACCACACCGAGGAUGCACCGAUCCAGGUUGAGCGCGUCGUCUUUCCGAGAAUAAGGCAUUUGCUCGGAGGCCUCGCCUUUUAUAACAGUGGAUCCUGCGGGCGAGGGUCGCUCACAACUAUCUGUUGCGAUGGCAAAAAUCUUGUAUCUUCCGCUAUUUUUCGUGACGUUGAGGGCUCUUGCACAGUCUACAGCUGCACAAUACGGUCAGUGUGGGGGCAUUGGGUGGAGUGGGGCUACUCUGUGUCCUUCAGGAUGGACUUGCAAUGUACUGAAUGAUUGGUACUCCCAAUGUCUUCCUGGCGCGUCCACAAUAGGGACUACAACGACCUCCGCCGCUGGUGGAGGGUCGACUUCCACCGCCACAUCAACGACAUCUGCUUCCGGAGGCUCGGCAACUUUAGUGCCUGGUUAUUCGUUCAUACGCGCAGUCGAAGACCCCAACUUCCACAAAUAUCUGCGAUCCGAGAUCAUCAACACGGCAUCGGAUGCUGUUCUCGGAGAACCCGCUGAUGCUGCGCAGUUUGUGAUUACGAAUGGCCAACUGAUUCAAAAUGCCGCUGGCACUCCGUUGUACGCUAUCGUUGAAAACAGAGCUAACGAUACGGUAGUUAUGUUGAAGAUGUCGUGGUCUGAGAGCCCUGCGACAUCCGGGACAUUUGUAUUCAGCGGCGACACGCUUGAGUGGAGCAUUCCGACCAUCAGCAGACCCCAAACAAAUGCUUGGUACGUGUGCGCGGAUAGCCAAGGCAAUCUCGAUGUAUACGUCAAUUUGGGGUUCUAUUCGUAUAACACUCCAGCGGGUUGUGCGGAUGAGACCAUACAUGCUUAUACGGGAUCAACGGCGACAGCAUAGGGAACACCACUUCGGUUUUCUCACUGAAAGAU